GGUGUGUUUUGCCAUGUGACCACGCUCCAUCGCCCUACCGUUUCCCUUUUCGCAGUGUCACAGAGGUAACAGGGAAAAUACCUUUUCUUUUCAAACCGCCCUCACACAACAACCCCAGUGGCUCUUAAAUUAAAACCCGGGGUGCACCAAGACAGGUUUUAUUAUGUGCUUGUCUUUUUAUUAUUCUUCAAAGUGAGACAAAUAUCAAGUCACCGGCAGGCCUCAGUGGACGGUGUAAGCAUCAGUUGUCACCCCACGGUCGUGUGGUUGCACGACAGCAAGGAGAGCGUUAUGAACCGGCCCACUGAUAGCUUCUCCGGCUAAUCGCCCCGGAAGGAUGUGACGGUUCGCUGAUUCUGGGUUUAACGAAGAAUAGUGUUGACGAUGAAUUAAGUAUUUUGGAUGUCAAUAUUGAAGCUGACCUCAGAAUGAACGGCACCCAGCAGAGUGACACCAAGAGACAACACCACCUGGAGAGGUUGCUGGAUGCUGUUAAACAGUGCCAAAUCCGCUUCGGGGGCAGAAAAGAGAUCGCUUCGGACUCAGACAGCCGGGUGAUCUGUCUGUGUGCCCAGUUUGAGACGGUGUUUCAGCAUGGCCUGAGGAAGACCAGCGGGCUGGCGCUCACGGCCGCGGCACUCAAACAGGCGGCUGGGUUCGCCAACAAGACAGAAACGGAGCUGACCUUCUGGUUCUAUGUGAAGGAGCACCUGAACCGCCAUGAGCUGCAGCGGUUCUACGCUCUGCGCCACAUCUCGUCGGAGCUGGGUCGCGGCCGGGCCUGGCUGCGCUGCGCCCUCAACGAACACUCGCUGGAGCGCUACCUGCACACGCUGCUCGCCGACCGCCGCCGCCUCGGAACAUUCUAUGAAGACUGGGCCUUCGUCCUAGAUGAAGAGCGGGCCAGCAUGCUCCCAACCAUGGCAGCCGGCCUCAACUCCAUCCUGUUUGCCAUCAACAUCGACAACAGCGACCUGAACGGCAGCGGGGCGGCGGCCACGCGGGGGCCGGGCGGCGGCCCCGCCUCCUCGGUGUCCCACCUCCUCAAGGAGUCCACGCAGGGCAUCGGCAGCCUGUGGAAGGAGUCCACCCAGGGCGUGAGCAGCCUGCUGCGGGAGAUCGGCACCGUCACCACCAGCGCCGCCGCCGGCGUGGUGCCCGGGUUCACGCUGCGGGCCGACGCCUCGGACCCGCUGCCCGUGGUGCCGCGCAGCGCCUCCGCUGACUCGGGCCUGCGGCGGGAGCGCCGUCGGAGGAAGAAGGUCACCAACAUCAUCUCCUUCGACGACGACCUGGACGGGGACGGGGCGGGGGACGAAGAGGAGGGUGGGGGCGAGGAUGAGGAGGACCGCCCCCGCCGGCCCCCCGCCAUGAGGAAGAGCCACACGGCGCCCGCGGCGGCCACCGGCGCCCCCGUCACCCAGGCCAGCGUGGAGGAGGAGGCGGAGGAGGAGGCGGAGGAGGGGGUGGGGGAGGGGGUGGGGGAGGAGAGGGCGGACCCCGUGCUGGAGCCCGCCUUCUCCCUGGCCUUCCCGCCUCUGCAGAACGGGCUGGGGGAGCCGCAGGAGAAGCUCAGCUGGGUGGGCUCCCCGAGGGCCCUGCGUUCCCCCCCCUCGGCCGCCCCGCCCCCUCCCCCUCCCCCGGUGGCCCCCCCGCCCCAACUGCCGGACAGGAAGAGCAUCGACAACGAGGAGGAGGAGGAGGAGGAGGAGGAGGAUGAAGAGGAUGUUUACAAACCCAGAGCGCCCACCCAGGGAGAGGUGCCGGCGGCCUCCGAUCGGGUGGUGGUGGGAAGUCUGUCCAGUGUCUCAACGUGGAGCCCCCUGCAGGUGAUGACUGAGCACUGCAGCUCAGACAUCCUUAUCCCAGUGACCCUAGCAGACCGACAGCCAGUGAACUCUAUGGAGGAUGCCAUGGCUUACCCUGGCCGCCGUGACUCCACAGAACCCGAAGGCCCCUGUGAGAGAAGCAGGACCCAGCUCCAGUUCACGAUGGAGUCUAGUCCACCUACCCAGGCCGCUCCCCUCUCCACCAUACUGCCAACCCCUGGACUUCCUGAAACCAUGACCCUGGUGGAGCUCCGCCAGGCCAUCGUAGCCCUGAUGAACAGGAAGGAUGAACUGGAUGAACUCAACACGUCUCUGCGCAGCCUGCUGGACGGGGAGAUGGAGCACUCGGCGGUGCAGAGGCAGGAGACGGACUCCCUGCAGAGGAAGCUGACGGAGCUGGAGGAGCGGCACGCGGCCAGGGUGCAGGCGCUCGGCAGAGAGAACGAGGUCCUCAAGGUGCAGUUGAAGAAGUACGUGGGUGCGGUUCAGAUGCUGAAGAGAGAGGGGAGCCAAGCCAACGACGCCCUGCCAAUCCUGGGGUCCAGUGAGGUCCAGGCUCCCGCCCCUCAGACCAAGUCCAUGGAGGACAUUGAGGAGCUAGCGGCGAGCUACGAGCGGAAACUCAUCGAGGUGGCGGAGAUGCACGGGGAGCUGAUAGAAUUUAAUGAGCGUCUCUACCGCUCCCUCAUGGCCAAGGACCACCUCAUCAUCCACAUGAGACAGGAGCUCAUCGACCUCAGAGGACCCGUUCCUGGUGAUUUGAGUCAGACCUCGGAUGACCCGAGCCUCUCAGACUUUGAGACGUCUCACCGGGCCCUCAUCAACGUUUGGAUCCCCUCCGUGUUCCUGCAGGGCCGAUCCGCCAACGCCUACCACGUCUACCAGGUGUACAUCCGUAUCCAUGACAACGAAUGGAACGUGUACCGGCGCUACACAGAGUUCCGGGAGCUGCACAACCACCUGCGGAACAAGUUCCCCCAGGUGGACACUUUCAGCUUCCCCCCCAAGAAAGCCCUGGGGAACAAGGAUGCCAAGUUCGUGGAGGAGCGGAGGAAGCAGCUGCAGGGCUACCUGCGCAUGGUGAUGAACAAGCUGAUCCAGACCCUGCCUGAGUUCACCACCCGGCCCACCAAGGAGACCCUGCUGUCCCUGCUGCCCUUCUGUCUGGACACGCCCCAGACCACAGACGGUGGGGCCAAGACGGUGCGCUCCAAACCCUCAUCGCGCUUCCCCAGACUGGGCCGCAGUCGCAACCAGGACGCCCGGCCGGAGCCCCAGAGCGGUGACCUCUAACCCCCGGAACACACAACCAAACCAAUGAAAACCAGACCUGUUCUAUUUGACUGGAUUGGCACCCGAUUGGCCGAGAUCCAGGAACUCCCUGUUUUUUGGUCUUGGGUGACGGAGGAUGGUGUUGCUGGGGUAAAACCUGGACCGUUUUUGGAGGUAAACGUUAGGGAUUUUUAUCGCUGGGGAUAACUGGAGUCUGGUGAUCAACGGUCAUUCAAGAUGGAUGACAUUGAGGUUGAAGGUCACAGCACAAGGGCAACCGGAGUAGUUGUAGUUCAUCAUGGGAAGAAUAUCUAGAGAACUGUUCUCUUGGGCUGCUCACCGGCCCUCCAGUAGCACUGAGACCUGUUCUCACCUCAGUGAGAGGCCAGAGGACAGAGACAGAGACUGCCCUGGCUGUACACUGACUUCUCUGAGGUUGGACUGAAUUUUUUACAACGAUUAUUAGAUGUCAGUGCCGCUUUCUUUCUUGUUUUGUAGUACAGCUGUACCACGGGGUGACGGUGCCUACAGUGUCUGUAGACAGCGAGUGUGGAUAUCUUCUGUGGAUGACUGAAGGGGGAACCAGGUGGGAACCAGUUGAUGGACGGUCAACAGGUGCUCCUCAAGAGAAAUCUUCUUUUAGUAAAUGUGUUUGUUUGUUUGCUUUGUGUUUGUCCAAAUAGGAUCAUUAAGGUGCCAUUAGGUUUUCAUCAGCCAACCACUAGCGUCCUUGUAAACGUAAAGGCUUCAGACAGUUGGGCAGGUCUCAAGUCCAUUGUAUUUUCCAAAAAGUUGAAUCUGGUUUAUUUUGCUAUACUGCACACCCCUAACAACCCAACCUCCACUACCAAACUAAACACACACAGAGCAACAGAUGUUAGAGGUCAUCUACAGAUGUAAGAGUUCAUCUACAGAUGUUAGAGUUCAUCUACAGAUGUUAAUUCAUCUACAGAUGUAAGGGUUCAUCUACAGAUGUUAAAGUUCAUCUACAGAUGUUAGUUCAUCUACAGAUGUUAGAGUUCAUCAACAGAUGUUAGAGUUCAUCUACAGAUGUUAGUUCAUCUGCAGAUGAUAGAGUUCAUCAACAGAGGUUAGAGUUCAUCUACAGAUGUUAGUUCAUCUGCAGAUGAUAGAGUUCAUCAACAGAUGUGAAAGUUCAUCUACAGAUGUUGAAGUUCAUCUACAGAUGUUAAUCUACAGAUGUUUCGAUGUAAUCCGCCCCUGGCCAAGAACAACACAGCAUUUCUAAAAGGCUUAACUAAAAACCGUUGUUGGGAUGUUUGUGAGCGGGACGAUGUGGUGUUACGGCCGCUCAACACUUGAAGGAAGCCGGGGUUGCUUGUUAGGGAACAUGAUGAGGUUAAUGGUGCAUCGGGUAUUCUUCUGAGACAGAAGCUCAUGCAUAUUGAUGCCUCCGUCAAGUCGUAGUAGUUUGGGGAAUGUGUUAAAACCAAACAGGGAGGUCUUUGUGCAAGGAGGAGUGCCUUUUGAAAAAAGCUUUUUAUUUUAUUGUGUUUUUGAUGGGGCGGUGGCUGAGAAAAAAAUGGAAUGCCGUUGUUUUAUUCGCCGUGGUAAAGAGGAAGAGGUAAUUACACGUACGUUGUUUGUCGGGGCGUUGUUUUGGGUCAGCUCGCUUUGACAAAUGACAUUUAAAUAAUUCACAGAUCCACGGCAUAUAUUCUACAUCGCACACAGUAUUUAUACACCCCCACGACAUCUCAUUGUGCCAUGUGCUGGACACACACUAUCAAAGCUAAUUACAAUGGCAGAGCAAACAGAGAAAUCAUGCGCAGACUUUUUCAGAUGAGUCAUCAAAGUGUUGCAGAUUAAACGCAUUUGUGGAUUUUUUUCUUUCUUUUAUGAAUUAUGUAUUGUAAUGCAACGUUGAUGCCUCUAUUGUUAUGUUUUUUAUUAUUGUCCUUGUUGAUUGACUGCUUGUCCCUUAUUCAGAGGAUUUCUUGUAUAGAACUGAUAUUGGCACAUUUACAAAAAAAGAGUAUAAUCACUUUUCAAUGGACUGUCGAUAUAACUUUAGGAUCGCUAGUAUGUCAGAACUUCUGUUUGUACCAAAAUGUAGCCUAUAUUAUAGCUAUUACAUUGACUAUUACAGUGAUAUUAGGUGCAGAAAAUGCCAAGAACAUUUAGAUAAGGUGAACACAACCUGCCUCCUGCUAUUUUUAGCGUUAGCCUUCAAGCUAGUUCUUCUUCGGCUACGGACAUUGAACAAAAUGGUCUCCGUAGCGUAGACUGCUGGGAGUGGGACGAUACGCUUGGAAAUGCUGGGGAAAUAUCCAUACAUAUUAGCGCUGCCACGAAUCUCAAGACCUUUUUUAUAUUUCAAAUCACUCGUACGACCAAGACGGGAAGACGCCAUGUGGACCACGCUAUGGCUCUCCCAUCUGGGAACGUUUUUUCGCUUCAUAUACGUAUCACAAACUCGCCUCAAACACAGCCUAAUGUCCCGGGUUCACUCAAUCCUCUCCAGGAAACGAAGGCUCACCUGGAGAGGCAGAGGAAGAGACUUCAUGCAUUGAGAUGUAGCCAAUGUGUUCACCUUGCAUUACUGUGCUCAUGUACUCCAGUGACUCCCCUAUCAUGACGGUUGCCUUCCCAGUGUUGAGUGUUUGAACAAUAAAGAUGUACAGUCCCUGAUACAACAAA